UGUUCAUGCGUAUUAAGUGUGCGGCUAUGUACCUAUGAGUGUGUAGGCAUACAUGGGUCUCCGCGCCCGUUUGUGUUGUUCCAUGAUGGAGACAGACAAGUGCAACAGAUGUGGAUGCUUGGACACGUGACAGCCAGAACUCCAGCGGGCUAUUGUCAAUGGUCCGGAACUAACUGGCAUUCUAAAUGAAUGACAGCUCUUCGAGUGGGAAAGUGGAAAGGGGCUGAAAUCAGAUUUAUAUUCAUACUGAAUUUUACGGUUUAAUGAGCGAAACCUCUUAACUCAAAGUGCCGUUCUGUUUAUUAAGUUCAUUCAGACCGGUCCCUCUGUGCUACUUGGUCCCUCCCCUACGAGAAGCUCUUUGUCGCAAGAGAAGCUUUCAGUCCUUUUUUUCCGCAAGCAUCAAAUGAAGUGCCUACGGAAAGCAAGGGGCUUGGCUGUGACUUCUCCCUACGUCUUUGGUGCAAAGGCUAUGAAGAAAAGCGGACUUUCACGUAUUGAUAAGAAGACUGUGGAAUAAAAAAGUUUUUCUCAGAAAAGGGAUUGUCAUUCAAUUAAUAAACACAACUUUACGGACUUGCCAUAUCCACCUAUCGAAUGCUAGCAGGUUUCAGGUCUAGGAUGGACAUACAAUAGUAACUUUUAGAACUCAGGACUCUCUGCUAGCUGUGCAAUGGGCCCCGCUCCCCUGUGUCUCCUGCUGUCACUGACGUUGCUGGGCUUGGCUGUGGGAAUAGCUGCAGAGGAGGAUGAGUACACCUGGCUGCAUAGGAAGGUCCCGUUGGUGCGGGACAAGCGUACGGUGCACCUGAGCAGCCCUGGGUUCACAGCUGAGACGCAGCACGAGCUUCGGGGGACCUGUGGGAUUGAGUGCCAGAGCAGGCUGCCCCGCCCGAGCUUGGGCGAUCUGGAGAACCUGCUGUCCUAUGAGACGGUAUACGAGAAUGGCACACGCACGCUCACCGAGGUUUCCCUGCAAGACAUGGAGGAGGGGACGGCGAGAGGAGCUGGGUACAACUCCUCCACCCGCCUCCUUCGGCGGCACAGGAGGGAGGUAUACGGAACGGACAGCCGCUUCACCAUCGCCGACAAGCACUUCUCCACCAACUACCCCUUUUCCACCACCGUCAAGGUCUCCACCGGCUGCUCCGGGAUCCUGGUGUCGCCCAAGCACGUGCUGACUGCUGCCCACUGCAUCCACGACGGCCAGGACUAUGUGAAAGGCGUGAAGAGGCUGCGGGUGGGGCUUCUGAAGCUGCGCUCCAAACGCAGGAAGGGCGGCAAGGGUGGGGGAAGGAAAGGCCGGCGGAAGGGGGAGGGAAAGGAAGAGGCGAAGGAAGAGGCAAAGGAAGAGGCAGAGGGAGAGGGAGAGGGGGAGGGAGAGGUGGAGGAGAAGGAGAAGGAGAAGGGCAAGGGCAAGGGCGGGGGGAAAGGGCAGAGGAGGAGAGGGAGGAAGAGCCGCAGCAGGCGCAGCACGGAGCCCAAACAGCCCUCCUUCCGCUGGACGCGGGUGAAGCAGACACAGGUGCCCAAAGGUUGGUUCCGGGGCGUGUCGGACGAGGUGGCCGUGGACUACGACUACGCCCUGCUGGAGCUGAAGCGCUCGCACAAGCAGCAGCACAUGGACCUGGGCGUCAUCCCGUCCGUCCGCAAACUCCCCGCCGGCCGCAUCCACUUCUCCGGCUUCGACGACGACCGGCCCGGCCAGCUGGUGUACCGCUUCUGCUCGGUGACGGAAGAGUCCGGAGACCUGCUGUACCAGCACUGCGACGCCCAGCCCGGCUCCAGCGGCUCCGGCGUCUACGUGCGGCUGAAGGAGCCGGGGAAGAGGAAGUGGAAGAGGAAGAUCAUCGGCGUCUUCUCGGGCCACCACUGGGUGGACGUCAACGGGUCGCAGCAGGAUUACAAUGUGGCGGUGAGAAUCACGCCCGCCAAGUACGCGCAGAUCUGCUUCUGGAUGCACGGGGACUCCGGCGAGUGCCGUGACACCUAACGCCAAUCUGCAGCCCAGACUGACUCUUCUCCACCAUACGGUUUACCUCCCAUGUUCACCUGCCACUGAUGACUCCCCACCAGUCCCAAAUCCCCCCUCCAUGCACUCCUCAGAACUGCAGCAAUCACUCCACAACCCCCCGUCCCUGGAAGCCACAGCCUUCAGAGCCCCUGACAUCUGCAGUGCUAACACCUCCAUACCCCCUGCAAUGAUUCACAGGCACCCAUCAUGGGUCUUCAACUCAAUGUGCCUGCAAGACCACAUAAGUUGUAGAGAAUCAUCAACAGAAAAAAACACAAAGAAACUAAAGAGAUACUAUGGCUCUUCAGCUUUUCUUUUCUCUUUGUCUUUUUAAUUUAUUUAAUUACUGAGUGAAAACUUCAUUAGAAAUGAUAUUAUUAAAUAUAAAAUAUUUCCAGAUGAAGUCUGAGAAAUACAAUUAGUCCAUGUUAAAAGCGAAGGGUUAAACAUAAACGGAACUAUUUUGUGUAUCUGAUAGCAUUGUAAGCAUUUGUAGAAAGAAUAUCGGUUGUUCAGGAGUAGCAGAUAGAUUCCCCCUGAUAUAAUCAGUGUUACUGUAUGAAUUUGGGGGUUCUUGGGGUCUUGACCUUGUAAUACAAUCGGCAAUUUUUGACUUUUUGUGUGACCCAGAAAAAAGAAACCUUUUUCUAAGAAAUAAACACUUUGGUAUUAUGUUCUGUAGAGAUUCUGAAAGAACAAGGGUUUUUAUAUAUAUAUUUUAUACUUGUUUAUACCUGUGUCUCAAAAUAACUCCUUUGAAAUCCCUUUUUGAAAUGUUUCUACCUUUUGUCAAAAAUAUUACCCCUUGAUUACUAAAUCCUAAGUGGUUCCUGACAGAAUCCUUUUGAUUAUAAUAUGUUUAUUUCUUGUGUAUUUUUCUUCUUCUCUGUAUUAAUCUUGCAGUGCAGUGAACAGUCUUGUUGCUGUCAGUGCACAUACACAUAUUGGUGCUCAAUAUGGGGAGGGAGAUCCUUGGUGCUAAUUUAAUUUGAAAUUGUAAAGACUUUUUUGCAAAAUCUAUCAGAAUAUAUUAUUUGUACUGUAACAUUGUGAGUCAAAGUUGGCGUUUUGAUAACUCAAACAUAAUUUUAAUUUAAAUUGAAUAAAUGAGGGUAAAAGUUGCAUUAUACAUCAUGUGUAUAAUCAAAAGAAAUAUUUUGACUGAUUAGCUACAAAAUUAAAUAUAAUUUUGUUUUUGAUUGAUUGAAUUGAAUCUUCUAUUGUAAAAUUCAUUUUGAUUGUUCAAUAAAUACAUUUGGAAUUUCA